GUGGAUGAAACUUUCAACCUUUUGACCACGGCAGCUUCCUUCAUUUACAUCAUCUCUGCUCUGCCUUUCAUUUCCUCUUCCUCUUUCUCGUCCUUGUCUUCCUCCUCCUUCGUCAACAGGUUCUCAGGGAAGGAAACAGGAAGAAGCCGCUCUUCUCUGGAGUGAAGCAUGCAAAAAACAUGCCCCACUGUGCAUUAAACUCAACCGAAGUUGAUUGCUACGAGGAUUUUUUUUGUUUUUGUUUUUGUUUCUUUUUUUGGCAGACGCUGUUUCUCGGUGUCUGUAUUGUGGAAGAGUGCGGGAGUAACUUGGGGGGCGAAAGAAGACAGAGUGUUGUUGUUGACGGGGAUCAACAUGCUGAGGCAGGUGUCGAGUAGAAACCAUAGGGCCAGAGGAGGGUUUAGAGCAAAGACUGCUCUCCAGAUAUCUACCUUGGUUGCUGUUUGUAUCUGGCUGCUCUAUCAGAUGAAGUACUCUCAUGACCACAGGGAGGCUUAUGAGGAUAAGUUCAAUAUCGAUGAGAAGCAGUCUGAGCUCACUAGUUUUGGCAGGAAGGAUCUUGAAGAGGUCAAGCAAGGAGAAAUCAAGGAGAAGGUGAGCCAAACUGAACAUUCUGAGCAAAAGCUACAGAUUGCGCAGAGAGUGGACCGAGAUAGGAAGAAACGGAGCUCGCCCAACGAACAUGAAGAACGCUCACAUGAGGCUCGGGAGAAAAGCUUCAAGGGAGACGAUGCCUCCAGUGAGGUAGUCCACAACACCGAAGAAGUGGAACACGACGAACGGACUCGCGAAGCUCGAGAACGGAGCUUCAAAGCUGAUGAUGCUUCAAGUGCUGUUGGCCAUGUUCCCCUCAACGAUUCUGAGUCUGAGAUCGGAGGGUUUGUUUCGGUGGAAGAGAGUAAUUCGAGUUUGGCUCAUGAGUUCAACCAAACUCUUCCUGAGACACUGGAGAAGAGGAAUGCUUCCUCUGGUGGUGAGCCAAGUGAUUUGGAAACUGAUCACAUUAGAAAUGAAACAGGAGUGCUGAAAUUUCAUGCCAAUGAAUCAGAAAGUCAAGUUGAGUUAGGUUUGAGAUCCAGAGAUCUGUCGAAUAAUCAAAGAAAUGUUCAGAAGAUUACGACUGUAACAUCUAAAAAUUCCACACAAGCUCAGAGCAACGAGACAACAGAGGUGGAUCCAACAAUUGUUGCCAGAGAUCUACAAAAUCAAACUUCUGUGCCUCCACUUCAAGCCUCAAUUGAUUCAGCUAACUCGGAACUUCCAACUUCAGAGAAGAAGUCAGAUGGUGAAAAUCCCAAGACAUCUUCACCAGAAAAUAAAAGAGAAAGACAUCACCUCCCAAAGUCUUUGGACAUUGAGAGCAUAAAACAGGGCUACAAAGGAGGAGCUGCAAAGUGAUAGUAUGGAUGUAAGUUUUUCAUUGCAAGUCAUCGAUACUAUCUAUUAAAAUGGUCGAGUUCCAAGGUGCCUGUUCUGCUCUUUUACAUGCCUCUUAAUUUUCUACUUGUAUUAUAAAAUUCAGGAGGCCCAGAUCUUGGAUAACUAUCCUACACAUGCGAUGAGAUAUCUUUUGCCUUCAGGACUGAUUCCAUUUUGACUUGCUACGAUCUUAUUUAUGGAGAA